CUGAAUGAAUAUUAAAAGCGAGAGACAAUGACCUUGGCUAAAUGUUUUCUUUAUCUGGCCUCUGAUGUGCUCUGAUGAUCCAAGGGGCUGUUCAGAUGCCUGGAGUGCCCUGGGGUCAUCAAAGGGCAGCUGUCCACUAUAAAGGAGCCUGUCUGGAGCUCAGUCUGCACAAAGCAUCAGUUCAGCUUGGGACCAGCCAGAGACAAGAAGCAGCUCUUCUCUUCUUUUCCUGAAAGUUUUCUUACUUUGGUUCAUUUACAAUGGAAGCUAGAGCCCUGACCAUUUUGUGCACAUUUCUCUUUUGCUGUUUUGGAGUUGGCUGCAGCUUUACCACAAGCCUCAACAUGAGUUCAGCAGUCAGGGAUAUCUCCGUUCAUCACAGCAGAUACCCUCCGUACAUGAUGCAGCUGUACCGCACCUUCAGGACGGCUGAUUCCUCACCAUCAGUAGGUGUCAGCACUGUCGCAAACAACCCGUCAACACACCGCUCUGACUCUGUUCUAAGCCUGACAGCAAAAGGCUGCCAGCAAGUGGGUGAAAGGUGGACAGUCACAUUUGACAUGUCAUCCAUUUCUACAAGUGAUCUGGUCCAGCUGGCAGAGCUGAGGAUCCGACUGCCAGCGUUCUCUGCCUCUAAGAACGCCACUGUGGAUUUGUAUCACUCCCAGAAACAGAACUGUGAGUGGGGAAGUGCAUCGUGCCCCGAGGAGCCUCUUUUCUUGGGAAGCUUGGGGACAUCACCCGAUAGCAUCAGAUCCACCUGGAAGGUUUUCAACGUCACGGCUCUGUUGAAGUACUGGCUGUACCAGGGGGAUGGAGCGCUGAGUAAAGAGGCCUUGGGUCAACCUGAGGCAGAGCACGGGAGUGGUGCUGAAAACGAAGGGGAGGCACCUGGCAGCUUCCUCCCCAAGAGCUUCAAACAGAGGCAAGCAAAAAUGAGCCAUCCAACCACAAACCGGGUCACGAUGGUCAUCUUCUCCAGGCAUAACCUGCCUCAGCAAGGCCAGGCAGCUUACAGUCUCAUUCACACUGUGGAGAACUCCAAGUACGUGAACGAGGACAGGCUCAGCAGCGACGGUCAGAGUCGCCGGCACAAAAGGAACCGACUGGAGAGGAUGAGAGUCACCGAUGGAGCUGCGCCCUCUGCGGCGCCGGCACCAGAGCCGCUCCAGGGGCCGCUGUGCAGGAGGGUGGAUAUGUGGGUGGACUUCGACCACAUCGGCUGGGACGAGUGGAUCGUGCACCCGAAGCGCUACAACGCGUAUCGCUGUGAGGGAGAGUGUCCCAUUCCACUGGAUGAGAGCUUCAGCCCAACCAACCACGCGUACAUGCAGAGCCUCUUGCGACAUUACCACCCAGAACGGGUGUCCUGUCCGUCCUGCGUGCCAACGCGCCUCAGCCCAAUCUCCAUGCUGUACUAUGAGAACGAUGAUUUGACCCUGCGGCAUCACGAGGACAUGAUCGUGGAAGAGUGCGGCUGUCACUAAAAGUAUCACUGCUCACGAUAACAUUAAAAAUGAAAAUUUAAUUUAUCUGUCGUUUCACUUUUGUCAUACUUACAUAAUGUUAGCCAGUUAUUGCAUUUUAUGAUGUGACCGAUUUCAGAUGUUACUUGAAUGUAUCAUAAUAUAUUUCAUCCACUCGGUGGUAAACAACAUUAUUUUCUUCAAUAUGCAAAUGUUACAUGUUUUAUCUAUUUAUACAUCAUCAUGUAAAUGUUGUACAUAUAAGUGUUGGUAAAUAUAUGAAAUAUAA